UCUACAGUUUCUCAGCGCACGCAACAGCCUCCCACCUCCUCCACCUCCACCUCCAUCCUCCAUCCAUCCUCCUCUUUUCUCUCCUCCCUCCUCCUUCCAUGCCGGCGGAGGUCUCCGCGGGGCUGCCAUGGCGAAGAUGCGGGUGUCGUACGAGUACUCCGAGGCCGAGGACAAGAGCAUCCGGCUGGGGUUGUUCCUGUCGCCUGCGGGUCCUCAGCCUCUUCAUCCUGGGCUUUGCUGGGUCAGCCCGACCCCCGAGCCCCAGAGCAAGCCGGCCAACUGCACGGUGGUGUCGGUGUUGCGUCCUGAGGAGAUGUUCGAGUGCGUGUUCACGUGCGGUACGGACUGUAAGGGCACGUCGCUCUAUCCCUGCCUGCAGAUCUUCGUUAACAACUCGGAGUCGAACUCUGAAGCUCUGCUGCACUUUGAUGAGCAACAGCUGGUCCUCAACCCAAAGGUACGACAAGACGACUCCACCCUGACGUGUCGAACUUCCAUGACUUCAUAGAGUUCAUAGACCGGUUAGAGGACAGAAGAAGAUGCAGACAGACAGA